AUGCGAUUCUCCAUCCUCCUGUGUGGUCUGGUCGCCAGCACUGCUCACGCCUUUCCCCGAGUCCUGGAGGUUUGCCGUGGGGGUAACGCGACUUGUAACGACGCUGCAUUCUUUGGCCAACCAACAGCCUGCUGCAUCGGUCUAUACUGCGAGAAGGGCGUUUGUGUGCGCUAA